GACACAAGUAAGCUUCAUUUGAUCAUCACCAUGAGUCUUCCGAAUUCGAGUUCCAUCAGAACCCGAUACCAAUCCAAACCCGAGAUCUAUCCGGAAACCCAAGUCGACCGCGGCGGCGACACCAUCAAAUUCAGGUGCAACGGAAAAUCCCUGAGCGCUAAGGCACUAUCGCGAGUCUUCUCCGAAGACUUUGGAAAGCUGAAGAAGAAGAAGACCAUAAUCGACCCCCGGGGACAGUUUAUCCGGCGAUGGAGCAAGGUUUUCUUUCUAGCUUGCUUGGUGUGUUUGAUCGUGGACCCCCUUUUCUUUUUCGUGCCGGUGGUUAACCCCAAUGAAUUCUGCCUCGACACCGAGGCGGGGGUCCUGCAAAUUGCGCUCACAGUUCUUCGAUCGAUUACUGAUUUGUUCUUCGUGAUCAAUAUCGUUGUGCGGUCGAAAACGGCUUAUGUCGGUCCGUCGUCGCGCGUGUUUGGGAGGGGAGAGCUGGUUAUCGAUCCAUGGAAGAUCUCGUCACGCUACCUUAGAAAUGGUUUCUGGUACGAUUUUCUGGCUGCGCUACCGUUCCCUCAGGUGAUGAUUUGGUGCAUCUUACCUAAUUUAAAAGGUUCAACGACUUCAGGCUCCGGAAGUUCUCUACGGUACCUGAUGUUGAUACCCUACUUUCAGAGGCUAACCAUAGCAUACCCACUCAGUAUCCAAAUUGCCAAGGCCACGGGUAUCGUCGUCCAGAAAGCCUGGCUUGGAGCUGCUUAUAACCUCAUGCUUUACUUGUUGUCAAGCCAUGUUAUGGGGAGUGUUUCGUACCUCUUAUCAAUACAACGCGAGGCAGCAUGCUGGAGAAGCACAUGCGAUCAGAGUAACACAACAUGUAGCUACGACUACUUCGACUGCAUGACAAUAGGGGACCCAACGAGGGAAGCUUGGAUCCAGGCAAGCAAUAUGUUUAACGUUUGUUAUGCAGGAACUGGUGGUACUUACCCUUAUGGCAUAUACGCCCCCGGUGUGGUUGCCGGGGUCACGUCGUCUUCGUUCUUGCAGAGAUACUUCUACUCUCUUUGGUUUGGCCUACGGAGUGUCAGCACCCAAGGGCAGAAUCUGGUCACAAGCAUAUUUAUUGGGGAGAAUAUCUAUAGCACCAUCAUUGUGAUUCUCGGCCUGCUUAACUUAUCAUUGCUUAUCGGGAAUAUGGAGGGAUACCUUCUAUCGAGUAAUCAGCGGAUAGAGGAGUGGAGGGUCAAGAAGAGCGACAAAGAGCAUUGGAUGCAUCACAGGCAACUCCCCCAAGAACUAAGAGAAUCGGUGCACAGAUACGAUAGGUACAAGUGGGUGGCUACUUACGGAGUUGACGAAGAAACCUUACUCUCUGACCUUCCCAAAGGUCUCCGCCGCCAAAUCAAACGCCAUUUGUGCCUCAAUCUUGUUCGACGUGUACCCUUAUUGGAGGAGAUGGAUGAUCGGAUGUUGGAUUCGAUAUGCGAGCGGCUACAGCCAAGACUUUGGACCGAAGGCAUGUUUGUAAUACGCGAAGGUGACCCUCUCAACGAGAUGCUCUUCAUAAUCCGGGGCCACCUCGACUCCCACACCACCAACGGCGGCCAACUCGGGUUCUACGACUCCUGCCGGAUCGUCCCGGGCGACUUCUGCGGCGAGGAACUGCUUACGUGGGCCCUCAAGAAGCAUCGAAGCGACGUCCUCCCGUCGUCCACGCGCACUGUGAAGGCCAGUUCGGACGCGGAGGCAUUUGGUCUGGGAGCAGAGGACUUGAGGUUCGUGGCGUCGCAGUUCCACAUGCUGCACAGCAAGAAGCUUAGGCACAAGUUUCGGUUCUACUCGCACCAGUGGCGUACCUGGGCCGCUUGUUUUAUACAAGCGGCCUGGCGAAGGUUCAAAAGGAGGAAGGAGUUCCGCGAGCUUGGUGCUGUGGAGGGUGGUUCAGGCUCGCCCGGGAGUUCCGGGUCAGGCCGAGGGGAGGUUUUUGUGGCCCGACCGGGGUCUGGCUUGGCCCAUUUUGCGUCAAUGCUUAUAUCAGACAUUAGGAGCAAGCGUUACGGGUCGGAAUCAGGGGUGCUUAGCCCGUUACCGAAGCCGGAAGAGGAUUGAAGGAACGGGACUCAAAUGAGGCUUCAAUAUAUUUUGAUCACUUGAAAAUGCGUAAAGGGAAAUUUGAGAUUUGCUGGGUUGUACAUAUUUUUUAGGGGGUUUUAAUAUCAAAAUUGAACCGAGUCUCUGCAUGUUACUCGUAUUUUUCAAGGCCUGAAUUAGUACAUCUGUGGUGAAAUUGAGAUUCAA